AUUUUCUAUUUAACGUCAACAUUUUUAUUAUCAUGUAUUUUGAACGAAAAUAAUACAAAACCAAAGAAAGUUACUAAGUUUUCGCAGGUAUGUGUAUUCUCUAAUACACAUACCUGGUUUUUGUAUAGAUCUACGUUAAAUAAGGACCCAUAAUUUAGCGGGUUAUUCAAGAUGGCGGAUGUUGAACCGAAAAACAAGGAUACUUCUUUUAAAAUGGAUAUAUCAGAAGAUAAACAAAUUUCUAAGUCCGGAGCACGAAUGCAGACAUUAAGAGACGUUAUGGAGAAAACAGUUAAUUCUUAUACUUCAAAUUUAAGACUGAUAAAGCCGCUGUCCAGCGUGAACAAAACAAUUCUGAAGGGUUUGGAACAGCAGAUUGUGAAACAACUCAAGGACAACGUUAUAAAAGAGCUUGAGGGGAUGUACAGUGAUGAGAACAUCGAGGUGUUACUGAACAGACUGGAUGAGCUCACCAGGCCGGGACGUGCUGACCAAUCACCCGCAUGGCGUCCCUCUGGAGACGUAAGAAGGGAUGCAGGUCCCCACCUUGUGGCCCUUAAACGGGAGAAACUCAAGGUGUUAGAGGCCCAGCUGACCGAUCUGGAGGCUCAGAACAAGCUCCUGGCCACCAGGGUGGUCAAACGUGAGCAGCAUGUGGUCAGAACCAAGGACAAGAUUGUCGCAAUUGCUGAGGAGCUUGAACAGGUGGUGAAAGAAGAAACAAACAUGGUAAGAACAAGACGUUCUGUGAAAUAGCUCUUCCCUAGAAAUGCUUGCCUAAGAGAAAAUACAUGUUCUUGAUGCCACAUCUGCAGUGCAUCAGUUAGAAGUGCAGACUUUUUGAAAUGAGGAUUGCAUGGUGCUCCGCUCGGUCCACAGCUUAUGAAUGGUGUGAAGUAGUGCCCAAAAUAUGUGCUGCUAUGAAGUUAUGUUACUUAAUAUACAAAUUGCACACAUUGGUUGCUUUAUCUGAAAAGUAUGAGUUGAUUCGACACCAAACCAUGGAUAAGCAUGCUUGAGAAAAUCAGUUGGCAGUGAGUCAUCAGUGAGCGCAGAGAGAAGCAGAACAUAUUUUAUAAUUAAACCUUGCUAAGAUUAAAUGGGGCCUAAUGCAUGUUGCACAGGCUAAUCAGGGCCAUAGGGACAACUCUUUUCAUCUAGACUGGAUUUGCGCUAAGAAGGGACUUCCUUGAUUGAGGCUCAUCAAUUUUAAAUAUAUUCAAAGAGACAAUUACAUUUUCAGAAAAUUUCUGUGUUAAAUUAUUUUCAAAAUCUGAUUUCCUUUUUUAACAUAAUGAUAAAUCUAUGUUUAUAAUUUUAGUUAAACAAGUAAAAAAAAUCCAUU